GGGAACAGGCUACACAGAGGGACACUUUCUGAGACAAAUGCUUUUUGGCAGAGGAGGACAGGCUCAUGCGCAAUGGCAGGAUCUGACUGGACUUGUAGUCUCUCCACUAUGCAUGAAUGGGAGUCUCCGGAUUAUGAGCCGUCACUUCCCGUUUCGGAGAAGUCCAAUCCCCUGACGCGGGACAUCGACCGGGCUUCAGCCAAUUGCAUUGCGAGGAUGCUGCAGGCCUGUGACGCCCAGAUGUUUCAGGAAGAGACAGGAGGCACCUACCAGAGGCUUUUGAGCGAUCAAGUGGUGGAAACAUUGAUGGAGGUUUCCAAGAGGGUGGAGCUCAUUCUGAAGGAUCCACAGGACAGCCUUGUUGUACUGAGCGGCUGUGGGACUUCUGGUCGAAUGGCUUUCCUCAUCACGUCGGCUUUUAACAGGGCGCUAAGGGAGCUGAAUCAGAGUUCAGCGUAUUCAUACAUCAUCGCAGGAGGAGACAGAGCUCUGCUGUCUUCCCAAGAAGCCCCUGAGGAUGACCCCCGACUGGGCAUGCUCAGUUUGAAGAAGGCCUGCGAGGGAAAGAGGCGGGUCUUGUUCAUUGGUAUUUCCUGCGGAUUGUCUGCUCCGUUUGUGGCAGGUCAGCUGGACUUCUGCCUGCAGCACCCUGAGGUCUACACACCUGUACUGGUUGGCUUCAAUCCUUCAAAUCAGGCCAGGGACGAGCCCAUACCCGGCUGCACGUUCACUUUUCGCAGUGUGGUGCAGAGGAUGCAGGAGCUUGCCAAAAGCCAAAAGGCCUUCCUCAUUAACCCAGCAGUUGGGCCGGAAGCCAUCAGCGGCUCAUCCAGGAUGAAGGGAGGCAGCGCCACUAAGAUUCUCCUGGAGGUCGUCCUGUCUGCUGCUCAUGCUGCUGCCUUCACGAACACGCCCAUCACACACAAGGGCAUCCUGCAGCACAUGAGCGCAUACGAGAAAACUCUGGAUAUCACUUACGCUCAGAACGAGGGGCUAGGCGCUCUGUUGGAGGCAGCUGGACAGAGUUUGCGGUGUGGCAGGCGUGUGUGCUACCUGGGCUGGGGCCCCCUGGCCGUGCUGGGCCUCAUUGACGCCAGCGAGUGCAACCCCACGUUUGGAGCAGACUACAACGAUGUUCGAGGCUUCGUCAGUGGAGGAUACAAAGAGCUGAACAACAAUGAGGGUCCCCUGACUUCACUGGGUCCGGACUUCUGCAUAGCGCACGAGGAUUUUUUGCACCUAGUCCUGCCCUCUCUCAACGACCAGGACGUCGCUGUUCUUAUCUACACGCACUCCGACGAUGUCAGUGAAGUGGCGAAGUUGGCACGCAGAGUGAGAGCAAAGACGGCCAACCUCCAUGCUGUUUAUCAUCAAGUUGAUGGAGACACUGCAGCUGCUGCACAACAAGAUGACAUCAAUAAACUAUGUUUAUCCUCACUAAAAAUCACUUGGCCAUCACCUGCUUCAGGGAGCUUACUGCACAUGCAGUGGGAGCUGUCCACUAAGCUGCUGCUGAACGCCGUGAGCACCGGAGCGCACGUCUUAAAGGGGAAGAUUUACCAGAACCACAUGAUCGACGUGCAGGUCACCAACAGCAAGCUCUACAGCAGAGCCACACGUUUACUCCAGAAGCUGUCUGGUCGUCCUGAAUCCCAGUGUGAGGAAGCUCUCCUGAAGGCCGUCUACCGAGUGGACAAGCUUACAGUGGACAUUACGUUGUCUGACAUCGCCACACACACGUGCAUCGCCAAAAGCAGGACCAAGGUGGUCCCUCUGGCUCUGGUCUGCUUGCUCACUGGUUGCUCUCUCGUGGAGGCGGAGUCUCAUCUGGAGCAACAGCCAAUUGUAAGGGAGGCUGUGGAGGCGUGCCUGUCAUAAUUGACACAGCAUGAUGUCAUUGUCAAGCCCUUACACACAUACACUUCAUUGAUGUAUUUAAUCAACCUCUAUUUCCCCUCUACGGAGAGGUCAACUUUAAUGAUGGUCUCAUUGAUUUCUACUAUAUUUAGUGUAAUUAUGACAGUUGAGUCAAAGGAACACAGAGUCCUCCUUUAUUAGUUCUUGCUUAAAUUAUAAGCUAAUAUCUAUUUUAGGCGAAAAUGUGAACAAGGCUGUUUCGAGGCAACAGCUUGAGUUUUGCCAUCCGCACCUGGAGGCUUUACAUGCAAGACCAUGUUAGAACACUAAGGGGCAGACUUGACACCUCAACCCAAGCAAGCCUUGGCCUAAUAACCUGCAAAUGUACUGUUCUUCUCACAGACAGUGUUUCGAAAGACACUGUUUCAAAUGCAUGUUAGAACGUCGCAAACUACAGGAAAAUACAGCAAUAAAAAUGAUAUUGCGUGCACUUUUUCCAU